GUGUUUUUAACUGGAAUGUCGAAAAGUUUCUUAUUGAUGCCUGAAAUGGAACUCAGUUUUUAAAUAUGGGUUGAGUCAGAUCUAAAGGAGCCAUGCCUGACCAUUUCCUGCAGGACUGAGGGACAUCUAGAGGGAAACUUGGUAGGAGAAAUGACAUCUGAUUUGCAACAGCCAUGCUUUAUUUUGAGAAAAUCAUCAGACUCAUUGAGAAGGGAAAUUAAAUAUUGAUCAAGGACAAUGUCUUUCUUUCUCAGUAACUUAUUAGCAAAUGACUCUAGCCUGUGGAAAGAAAAUCAUAAUUCUACGGACCUUUUAAAUUCACCAGGAACUCUGAACAUCUAUCUUUUUUGCCUGACAUGUUUGAUGGCUCUUGCAGCCCUGGCGGGCAGCGUUUUCUCCCUAGUUUCCCUGCUGGGAAUGCGGAACAGAACGGUCGUGUCCAUGCUGGUGGCUUCCUGGUCUGUGGAUGAUCUCCUGAGUGUCCUGUCAGUGACCAUCUUCAUGUUUUUGCAGUGGCCCAAAGAGCUCCCUGGCUACUUCCAGUCUCUGUGCACCACGUCCGCCUUGCUGUAUUUAUGCCAGGGCCUCUCCAGCAACUUGAAGGCUACUCUCCUCGUCUCCUACAACUUUUACACCAUGCACAGGACUGAGGGGAGUCGGGCGGCCUCCGGCAGGUCCGGCCAGGUGCUCGGCGUGGCGCUCACGGUAUGGGCAGCCAGCCUGCUGCUCUCCGCGCUCCCGCUGUGCGGCUGGGGCGCCUUCGUGCGCACGCCCUGGGGCUGCCUGGCGGACUGCUCCAGCUCCUACGUGCUGCUGCUCUUCUGCGUGUACGCCUCGGCCUUCGGGCUCCUGGCGGGCCUCUCGGUCCCGCUCACUCACCAGUUGCUGUGCUCGGAAGAACCGCCGAGACUCCAUGCCAACUACCAGGAGAUUUCCCGCGGCGCUUCCACUCCUGGGACCCCUUCUACUGGGGGGAGAGAGCUCUCCCUGUCCCCGGAGGAUGCUCCGGGCCCCGCUCCGCGCGGCGCUGGUGGUCGUUCCCCAACCCCCGACACUGCCUUUGCACCAGGUCCGCCGGCGGCCGCUGGGGCGGGAGCCUGCAGGCGUGAGAACCGGGGGACUUUCCACGGCACCCGGAGCUUCACCCGGAGCGUGGCGCAGAAGCGCUUCGCUCUGAUCCUAGCGCUGACCAAAGUCGUUCUUUGGCUGCCCAUGAUGAUCCACAUGGUGGUCAAGCACGCGGUGGGGCUCCAGAGCCUUCCCUUGGAGACUCUCGGCUUUCUACUAACCCUGCUGGCCACCACGGUAACCCCCGUGUUUGUCUUGUCCAAACGCUGGACCCACUUGCCUUGUGGCUGCAUCAUCAACUGCAGGCAGAGCGCUUACUCAGUGGCAUCUGAUGGCAAAAAAACCAAGAGGAGAGGCUUUGAAUUCAAUCUGUCCUUCCAACAAAGCUAUGGGAUCUAUAAACUAGCACAUGGAGAUUACUAUGACGACGACGAAAACUCCGUGUCCUGUCACCACCUGAUGAACCCUGAGUGCGGCACUGUGCUAGACUCUGAGAGAGACAACCCGAAGAUCUUCAACGCCAUCAGAGUGGAGAUCAGCACCACGCCCUCUCUGGACAGCGCCUCAGUCAGCGGUCUGGAGAAAGGCAGGAGUGGCAACCUUGGAGGGGACACGGGAGGUUCUGACCAAGGAAAGGGGGCAUUUUCUGAGAAAUCGGGAGGUGGUGCUGAGGACGAAGAAACCACCUUCUCCGAAGGCCCGGAAAGAAGACUCUCUCAUGAAGAGAAUCAGAAGCCAGACCUCUCCGACUGGGAGUGGUGCAGAAGCAAGUCAGAGAGGACUCCGCGCCAGCGCGCUGGUGGUGGGCUGGCCAUUCCUUUGUGUGCAUUCCAGGGGACCGUGUCUCUCCAGGCACCUACGGGGAAAACCCUUUCUCUUUCUACAUAUGAGGUAAGCGCAGAAGGGCAAAAAAUAACCCCGGCCUCUAAGAAAAUAGAAGUCUAUCGAUCUAAAAGCGUUGGCCAUGAACCAAACUCAGAGGAGUCUCCCGCCACAUUUGCGGACACCAGUGUGAAAAUACACCUCGAGGUUCUUGAAAUUUGCGACAAUGAAGAGGCCCUGGACACUGUGUCAAUCAUCAGCAACAUCAGCCAGUCCUCCACCCAAGUCAGAUCCCCAUCGCUGCGCUACUCACGGAAGGAAAACAGAUUCGUUUCGUGUGAUCUAGGGGAAACCGCCUCCUAUUCCCUUUUCUUACCCACCAGUAAUCCUGACGGUGACAUCAACAUCUCCAUUCCAGACACCGUGGAAGCUCACAGACAGAACAGCAAGAGGCAGCACCAGGAGAGGGAGGGCUACCAGGAGGAAAUCCAGCUGUUAAAUCAAGCUUACAGGAAGAGGGAGGAGGAAGGCAAGGGGACUUAGCGACGGGCUGCUCCAACAGGCAGAGAGGGCACUGCCUCUGCACGCUGCACACCAACACCUCCCAGGCUGAGGUCUUGCCAUUUCCUGGUUGUGUAAGAUGUACUGAUCUACUAGUCAAUUGUGCUCAGUGUGAGGAACGGGAAGCAGUGCAUACACUAAGUGCGUUCUAUGUGCUACCUAAAGAUCACACACUGUGGUAAUUAAAUGAUUUCCUGUCUUAUCUGAUUUCUAAAAAAUCUUUUCUAAGUCAAAUCCUGGCCUAGUUUACUAAUGUUUUUGCCUGUGUUUGUCAAAUGCUUAUGCUGAUCCCAUGCUCAUGUUCCUAUACCCAUCGUUGACCUUUACUGCAAGGGGGAAAAAGAGAUAUUUUGGGGAUGGAAGCAAUGUAGCAAAACUUCAAGUUCUAUUUGAAGAAGCUUUCCUAAAUGUGGCUAGCAAAACAAGCUUAUUCCAAUUACUGUAUUAGCUUUACAUCUAUGUCUAGGAAAUUCUUGUGUUAAAGCAAACGAGUUCCCAUCUUGGAAAUAUGCAUGUCCCUAGUCUAUAUUAGAUGUUUCCUUCAUUUCUAUAAAAUACACAUAGUUUCAUGAUGGCUCUUAUUUUUUCUCUCUCUUAAAUGUAACAGCAAUGUUUUCAUCUUUUCUGUGUGCAAAGAUGGCCCUUAAAACAAAUAUAUUGUAUGUUUCAGGUGGAAUUCAAAGUAGUCUCUAAUUCAAAUAUUAUUGGAAAAGUUUGUGUUAGCUUUCCCUCACUAUAAUACACACCUGACAUAAUCAGCUUACAAAGAGAAA